UGAGUAGUUCUUAACUAGCAGAUUCUAGGACAACGCUGAAUGGAACAUCAUUAAACAAAAUAUUCCAUUUUGGGAAAGCCAUAACCGCUGAUUAGCUGCAUACGACUUAGGUCGCGCGUAGGUCGGUAACACGUUCCGGAUUUGCAUAGUCUAAGCCUCUUAAGGGCUCCUCUUAGGGGUCUCUCUUAGGGGACUACUCCUUGGAUGGGGGUUUGGUGAGUUUAUAUAAGCCAUUCUCAUAACCAGAGAGUAACAGAUUCACGAUGUUGAGUUGCUACGGUGCUUUCUCUCUAUCUAUCUCGAGCAAAACUUGAUAGACGGCAACGAGAUCCUAUUCUAGGCUCAGCCGCUCACUCUCAUUAAUUACAUCCUACAUCUGACCGAUCCAUUCAUUUUUAAGUUAUCUUUUGCUAAUCUUCUAAACUCACACUCGUUACAAUGAAGCCGGCAACACUCGCUCUCCUCCUUAGCCCUGUGGGUAUUGUGGCUAGGCCAUGUGGUGGCCAUCGUUCUCAGACAACCUCAUCUACAGUUUCUUCGGCAAUUUCUUCGGCAACAUAUACCGCUACCGCAUCAUCGACUAGCGAGUCUACUACGGCAACCUCAAUCGCUUCCAUCACUUCAACGGCUAUUCCCUCAGUAACCCCUUCCGCUACAUCGUCCGCCAGCGAACGGGCUACCUCUUCCACGACGACUUCUGCUGCCCCAACAUCUACUCAAGGUGGCGGUUCCUCGUCUGACAGCAUUGACGAACUCUUCAAGGCGAAGGGCAAGCUUUACUACGGCACCGCAGCUGACUCUGGCACUCUUUCCAAGUCCCAAAAUGCCGCCAUCAUUAAGAAGGACUUUGGGCAACUAACCCCUGAGAAUAGUAUGAAGUGGGAUGCUAUCGAACCAGCCCGUGGUAGCUUCAGCUUCGGCGGUGCCGACGCGCUUGUCAAUUUUGCCGUGCAGAACGGCAAGAGCAUUCGAGGCCACACGCUCCUCUGGUACCAGCAGCUGCCGGACUAUGUCAAGGCUAUCACAGAUAAAAAGGAGCUUACCAGCGUCAUCGAAAACCACAUUAGCACCGUCGUCGGAAGAUACAAGGGAAAGAUUCGCUCUUGGGACGUUGUCAACGAGGUCUUCAACGAGGAUGGUACCCUCCGCGAUUGCGUUUUUACCCAAGUUCUAGGUGAAGACUUUGUUCGUAUCGCUUUCGAGGCGGCGCACAAGGCGGACCCGGACGCCAAGCUUUACAUUAACGACUUCCAUCUCGAGAGCGGAACGUCCGCUAAGACUACCACCGGAAUGUUUGAGCACGUAAAGAAGUGGCUCGCUGCUGGUAUACCGAUCGACGGUAUUGGCAUCCAAGGUCACCUUGGCGGUGGCAACCCCAGCGCUAGCGGAAUGCAGGCCGGGCUAGAGAAGCUUGCUACAACCGGUGUGAAGGAACUUGCCAUUACCGAGUUGGAUAUCGUCAACGCACCAGUCGAUGAGUAUGUCAAAGUUACUAAUGCUUGCCUUGCUGUCGAGAAAUGUGUCGGAAUCACUCUAUGGGGCGUGAGCGAUGCUGAUUCGUGGCAAGCAAAGAGCUCACCGCUCCUUUUCAACACCAACUACCAGCCCAAACCUGCAUAUGAUGCUAUCGUUAAGGAUCUCUCAUAAACAGCCUGAGAAUGUCAUGCGUUGCAGCAUAAUACGCUACUCUGACGAUGGCGAAUAAUUCUCACGGGCUUGAUCAGCUAAUAAUUGUAAUGAAUAAAGCUAUCUAAAGGCUAGGGUUUCGACAAGUUACUACAACGCUUUUCACUUCGAAGAAUGAGAAGUGAUGAGUAUUGGUGGAUGCGAAUCGAAUUAACACAUGUAAAUCAACUGUAUUAUAAUCAUAAUCUAUUCAAAUAUCCAACGAUAUCAC